AUGUCUUCCAUCGACGGAUCCACGAUGCCUAAUAGCAGGCCCCUGAGCAAAGAGGAAAUUGACCGACCCGACGAUUUGCCCUCGGGACCGGGCGGUGCUGGCGAACCCGACGUGAAUGGGCCUCCUUCCGCCUUUUCAUCAACCUUCCACGAAGCCCUCUUCAUUCUCAUCGUCGGCUUAUCGCAGCUGUUCUCCGUGGGUGGCCUUGGAAAUGCCGCUUUCUCGAUGGAAGAGAUUGGCCGGGCGCUGAAUGUCACCAGCAAUGGACAGAUGUCCUGGUUCUUGGCCGCAUACUCUCUGUGUGGUGGUGUCUUUGUCUUGGUGACUGGACGACUGGGUGACCACUUCGGCCACAAGUAUGUCUUCAUGUUCGGAUGGUUGUGGAUGGCUCUCUGGUCUUUGAUCAGCGGCUUUGCCAAGGACGUGAUUCUCUUCGAUAUCGCUCGCGGCAUGACUGGUAUCGGUAACGGUGCACUAGUCCCCAACUCCUUCGCCCUCCUCGCGCGUGCAUUCCCGCCAUUCUCGGUCAAGAAGAACAUCUCCUUCGCUUUCCUGGGCUUCUGCGCACCCUCGGGGUACAUCUUCGGUGGACUCAUCGGCGCUGCCUUUGCGGAGAAAGUCACUUGGCGAUGGGGUUUCUGGUUCUGGGCCAUUGGCUGUCUCGUCCUCGGCGUCGCGACCUAUUUCGUGAUCCCUCACAGCGUGGGUUCGCCCGUCCCGGGACUCAGCCUCAAGCAGUUUGACUACCUCGGGUCCGCUCUCGGCGUGUCUGGUCUCAUCCUCUUCUCCUUUGCCUGGAGCCAAGCUUCCGUGGUAGGCUGGCAAGAGCCGUACGUCUACGCGCUUCUCAUUGUCGGAAUUCUCUUGAUCGUUGCUUUUGUUUUCUCGCAAUCGCGCGUUAAGUCUCCCGUUCUCCCCAACUCGCUCUGGACCCGCAAGGGCUUCUCUCCCGUCGUCACGGCCAUGGCGUUUGGCUGGAUGUCCUUUGGCAUCUUCCUCUACUACACGACCAUCUUCAUUCUGACCAUCCACAACGCCCAGCCACUCACGGCUGUCGCGCAGAUGGUCCCGCUGGUCAUUGGCGGUAUGUUUGCGACUGCCUCGGUCGGUAUCUUCAUCGCCAAGGUCCCCGCGCAGUACAUCUUCGGAGUCUCCAUGUUCUCGUUCUUCAUCGGUAACCUGCUCAUGAGCUUUGCCAACUACUCGAAUGUCUACUGGGCUUUCAUCUUCCCCGCGUGUCUGCUCGUGGUCGGUGGACCAGAUCUGUCCUUCGCUUCGUCGGGAAUUCUCAUCUCCAACGCGGUCUUGCCCGAAGAGCAGGGUGUCGCAGGCUCGUUCAUCUCCACCGUCGUGCAGUACUCCAUCUCGAUUGGUCUGGGCAUUGCCGCCACUGUUGAGGCUCAUACAAACAACAAUGGCCAGGAUGUCAUCCGUGGGUACCGUGGUGCGCUCUGGCUCGGUAUUGGCUUUGCGGCCAUCGCCUUCUUCAUUGUGGUCGCUUUCAUCCGCGAUAGCCGGUUCGAUGAGAAGGAGAGCGACAAGCUUACCGCGGGUAGCACUGCGGGCAGCACGGAGGGUGCCUUUGAGAAAUCUUCUGACAACGGCGAUGCUUGA